AUGGUAAAACAGCCGAGUACAAACGGCAGUUCACAUGUGCUUACUUCGGUAAAUAAUAACGGCCACGAUAAAGGUGAGAAAGAACAAUCGAAAGUAGCAAAUGGUUCUGGAAACAGGAAAGAUAGUAUUACAGAAGAGGAGCGCAUCGCCUAUGUGUCUAGUCAUUUUAAACAUAUUUUACAAGGAGUCGGUGAAGAUCCAGAAAGGCAAGGAUUAUUAAAAACACCUGAGCGCGCGGCAAAAGCUUUGAUGUAUUUUACUAAAGGUUAUUCAGAGAAUAUAGAAGAUGUAUUAAACAAUGCUGUUUUUGAUGAAGAUCAUGAUGAAAUGGUCAUUGUUAAAGACAUAGAAAUGUUUUCAAUGUGUGAACAUCAUUUAGUGCCUUUUAUGGGAAAAGUAUCAAUAGGAUAUUUACCUAAUAAGAAGAUUCUAGGUUUAAGCAAAUUAGCCAGAAUUGUUGAGAUAUUUAGCAGAAGACUUCAAAUACAAGAAAGGUUAACCAAACAGAUAGCUGUAGCAAUAACGGAGGCAAUCUGUCCUAGUGGUGUGGGUGUAGUUAUAGAGGCCACUCAUAUGUGUAUGGUAAUGAGAGGAGUUCAGAAGAUCAGCAGUAAAACAGUGACCAGUACCAUGUUGGGUGUUUUUAGAGAAGAUCCCAAAACUAGGGAAGAAUUCCUCACUUUAGUACGACACUAG